CUUCACUUAAAAGCAGUUCAAACUUCACGUUUGUUCCCCGAGCCAGCCAAUUCCACCAACGAUACCGCUUUUGCUGUGGACAGCCUAGCCUUCAUUAGUAACCACCAAGAAUCAACUGUUAUAUAAACCACAGAGCCUUUGUGCCUUUCCUACACUUCAACUCUCCCUUCCGAGUCACCAGUGCCACCCCACUCCACUAUACAUGGAUCGCUUCUUCGCCCCAAACACUUCAGAGGCACUGGCCCAUACCCAUUUAACUGAAAAUUGGUUCACCUGGGAUCAAGACCAUCCUUCCUUCAACGAGACCCUCGUUGCAGGGUGUGCAUCCUACCAAGCAUUCACGCGUUACCUCUCAGGCUCUGACCUAUUCAUCGUACCCCGGUCCCGUCGCGAGCUCGAGGGUGUCUUACGACGUUACGCGUAUGAUAGUAUCCACAAUGCCAUUGCAGUGUCACGGCAAACCCUUCAAAGGGGUGGUUACAGCCGAACGUGCUCCCUUGCAGAAAAGUCCAUUAGCGACGUUCUAAAUACGAAUGACAACGCCACCGUCCUCCUCGAUUUGCAUGCGCCGCAACCCGAGACUUUCACAGGACCGGACGUGUCCCUGCCGAAUUCAAACACCCGCAUCAGAACGUGAUGCCAUUUUCAUCGCAUUAGCUCGCUUCAUUCAACCGUUUAUCCUCGGCUCCCCACUGAUAUUUUUUUCCACCGUGGCUUGUUGGGAUCCUUGUUUUCGCUAUCCUCUGGAUUGAUUAUCUAUAAUCGCAUCUGUAUCAUUCCCCACAACGAGUUACCUUUACGCACUCUGUAUGUACUACCACAAUUUAAUCAUUUCCUGAUGCAAUUCAUUACUUUGAACUUCGAUGA